AAUAUAAAUAAAUACAAAAAAAGAAAAAUCUUCCAUACGCUUCUUAAAUGCAAUAUUUAUGGCAUCCAUAUAAGGAUGCAUAUAGAGGUAACGGACUACCAGCACUGAGCUGUUCCGUUUCUUUUCCACCUUUGCGUUUUGUUUCCAUUCAAUAGAGAAUUCCUUUGUGCUUGUGCCUUCUCUGUAGCUUUCAGGAGAAUAAAAAUUUGGACCUUCUCUCGCACCAGCGUUCUUUCCUUCUUCCUUGGUUUCAUGCUGACAACUAGGGCUGAUCUUCAGGAGGGCCUGUUCUUGGUUUGGUUCCUGAGAGUGAUUCAUAGGUCUGGGAUUAUAUAUUGGUGUCGUUCUUGUUUUUUUGGUGCUCAUCCGUUGCUAAAGAAGCAAACCAUCAACCCAUCAGCUUUACUGCAAGCACUCUUUUGCCUCCUUUUCUGUUCUUGGUGUUCUUGGUGAGUCACAGUGCCAGACAGAGUUUCUUCUUUAGGAGUCGUGCACUAUGGGUAAUUGCUGGUUUAAGGGGAAUCCAUACUUUAACAGGGUUUCUUCCAAUGCAACCAAAUCAGAAUCUCCCAAAAUUCAGAGCCCAUCGGAGAGAACUGAAAAGGAGGACUGCCAGCUACCAUCCAACCCAAAAGAAGUGGAGGCGCUGAGAAAGGAUACAGCCUGCAAUCCUUUGAUAGCAUUCACAUUUGAGGAGCUCAAGAGAAUUACCAAAAAUUUCAGGCAAGAUUCAUUACUAGGGGGUGGUGGAUUUGGCAGAGUCUACAAAGGUUUCAUCACCAAGGAUCUCCGUGAAGGAUUAGAGAUAGAAGAGCCCCUGAGAGUUGCCGUAAAGGUCCAUGAUGGUGACAAUAGCUUCCAAGGCCAUAGGGAGUGGCUGGCAGAGGUUAUAUUUCUUGGACAGCUCUCUCACCCAAAUUUAGUGAAGUUGAUUGGCUACUGUUGUGAAGAUGACCACAGGGUUCUUGUUUAUGAGUUCAUGCCUCUAGGAAGUGUGGAGUCUCAUUUAUUUUCAAGGGUUAUGGUGCCACUUCCGUGGUCGAUCAGAAUGAAAAUUGCGCUCGGUGCUGCAAAAGGACUUGCUUUUCUGCAUGAAGCUGAGAAGCCAGUCAUCUAUAGGGACUUUAAGACAUCAAACAUAUUGCUAGAUGAGGAAUACAAUGCAAAACUAUCUGACUUUGGGCUUGCAAAAGAUGGACCAGUUGGCGAUAAAUCCCAUGUUUCAACUCGUAUUAUGGGUACCUACGGUUAUGCUGCACCAGAGUACAUUAUGACAGGGCAUCUAACAGCGAUGAGCGAUGUCUACAGCUAUGGUGUUGUACUACUGGAGCUCCUCACGGGCCGGAAGUCACUCGACAAGUCCCGACCUGUCAGGGAGCAGAUGUUGGCAGACUGGGCAUUCCCGCUGUUGACACAGAAGAAGAAGGUACUUGGCAUAGUAGACCCAAGGCUUGCCGAGGACUACCCAGUAAAGGCGGUGCAGAAGACAUCGAUGUUGGCAUACCAUUGCCUUAGCCACAACCCAAAGGCUAGGCCGCUGAUGCGUGACAUCGUGGCGACUUUGGAGCCUCUUCAGCAGCUGGAGGAGACCCCUAGUGACAGUGUGGCGAUGACACUUCAAGGGACUUGAAGUGUUCAUCACUUCAGAGUUCACGCACAGCUCAGGAAAUACAAAGUGCCACGUACUUAAUACAUGUGUGUGAUAAUAGUAGCUAACUAGUGUUCUUGAUCUGCAGAUGAUUUCUUGAUUGUUUAAUUAAUCCAUGGAGACAGUAGUUUUGUUGAGCAGAAAGUUAGUAUAUAUCUCUGUAGGCCGGUUUAGGUGUGUAUCCAGAUCUAGUCCUGGCAUAGCGAUUUCCCCGACAUUUCGGAUGUGGGCAAGUCUGUGCAAUCUGCAAUGUUUGUUGCCCACAAAGGAAGUUUGCUUACCAGUGUUUGUAACCUAGUAUUGAGCAGCUCAUGAUCUAUGCAUGCUGAGUAAUGUAGAUAUAUCUAUUCCUGGGAUUGAAACAAAAACCACACGCUUUAUUUCCUC